AUGACUAAAAUCCUCUCCAAACACUUGAACAGCUGGGCGCCAAUUCGUGUGCCUCCUUACCGGCGUAUCCAAACGGCCGCAGUACUCUUAUGGACUUCUCAACUAUCGCUUUGCAUUUCUUUAUUCUUUUUCUUAAUGUCUUACCCGAUCACCUGGCCGAUCCUACUUCCAUAUGUCAUCUGGAUCUUGGUUUUAGAUCCUGCUCCGGAGAAGGGAGGCCGGCUGAAUCAAUCUGUUCGGACCUGGAGAUUUUGGAACUUAUUUGCAUCUUAUUUCCCAAUCAGUUUAAUAAAAACUGUUGAUUUGCCCAGUGAUCGCAAAUAUGUCUUUGGCUAUCAUCCUCAUGGUAUUAUCGGAAUGGGGGCGGUGGCCAACUUCGGAACGGAAGCAACUGGAUUUUCCGAAAAAUUUCCUGGCCUCAAUCCUCAUCUUCUCACACUGAGCACGAACUUCAUCAUCCCGUUCUAUCGAGACCUCAUCCUCAGUCUUGGAAUCUGCUCAGUUUCGAUAAAAUCAUGUAUAUCAAUCCUCAAGUCCAAAAACAAGCGAUCGGCCGACCUGGCAAACAAUAAGGGAGAAGGUAAUUGUCUGGUUAUCGUUGUUGGUGGAGCUGCGGAAAGUUUGUCUGCUCAUCCAGGGACCGCUGAUCUAACUCUGAAACGAAGGCUGGGCUUCAUUAAAUUGGCCAUCCGGGAGGGAGCCGAUCUCGUGCCUGUGUUCUCCUUUGGAGAAAAUGAUAUUUACGCUCAAUUAUCAAACUCCAAAGGCACCGCACUUUACUCUCUUCAAAAACGGUUUCAAUCUGUCUUUGGCUUCACAUUGCCCAUUUUCCAUGGCCGAGGCAUCUUCAACUACUCUCUUGGCCUGCUUCCCUACCGACAUCCGAUCGUUUCAGUAGUUGGCAAGCCUAUUCGUGUAGAACAAAAUAAAAACCCUGGACUCGAAGAAAUUGAAAAGGUUCAGAAAGAAUAUAUCGCUGAACUUACCGCUGUCUGGGAUAAAUACAAAGACGUAUAUGCUAGAAAUCGCAAGAGUGAAUUGACUUUGAUCGCCUAA